UUGCCAACCGCCAUAUAACAGGAAAGGAAGAAGAAGAAGAAGAAGAAGAAGAAGAAGACGACGACGACUAGGGACGUCAGCAUGGCGGUGCUCCUUGAAACGACGCUGGGCGAUAUUGUUAUUGAUUUGUUUACAGAAGAAAGGCCUAAAACUUGCCUGAACUUUCUGAAAUUAUGCAAGAUAAAAUACUACAACUACUGCCUCAUCCACAAUGUGCAGAGAGACUUCAUUGUGCAGACCGGGGAUCCCACUGGUACCGGCCGUGGUGGAGAGUCUGUCUACAGCAAACUGUAUGGGGACCAGGCAACCUUUUUUGAUGUAGAGAAAGCGCCACGCAUCAAACACAAAAUAAGGGGGACAGUGUCCAUGGUGAACAAUGGAAACGAUCAGCAUGGUUCUCAGUUCCUUAUUACUACUGGGGAGAACCUGGACUACCUGGAUGGAGUCCAUACUGUGUUUGGGGAAGUUACGGAAGGCAUGGAUGUCUUGGCCAAAAUUAAUGAGACUUUUGUUGACAAAGACUUUGUCCCAUUUCAGGAUAUCAGGAUAAACCACACUGUUAUCCUGGAAGACCCAUUCGAUGACCCUCCUGACCUGCCAGUCCCUGAUCGAUCACCUGAGCCCACCAAAGACCAGCUAGAUAGUGGCCGGAUUGGAGCAGACGAAGUGAUUGACGAUGUGGAUGGAAAAGAGGCCGAGGAGGUGGAGGAAAGGCUCAAGGAGAAAGAGGCCAAGACUCAGGCCAUCCUUCUGGAGAUGGUGGGUGAUCUCCCUGAUGCAAAUGUAAAACCUCCAGAGAACGUGCUGUUUGUGUGCAAACUGAACCCAGUGACCACAGACGAGGACCUGGAAAUCAUCUUCUCCCGCUUUGGGACCAUUAAAAGCUGUGAGAUAAUCAGAGACUGGAAAUCUGGAGAUUCUCUCUGUUACGCUUUUAUUGAGUUUGACAAGCAAGAGGAUUGUGAAAAGGCCUAUUUUAAAAUGGACAAUGUGCUCAUUGAUGAUCGACGCAUCCAUGUGGACUUCAGCCAGUCAGUUGCAAAGAUCAAAUGGAAAGGGAAAGGUGGCAAAUAUACUAAAGAGGACUUCAAAGCCUAUGAGAAGGAUGUGGAGAACCAAUCCAAACUGGCUCUCAAGGAUCAAGUAAAGCCCAAACAAGAUUCCAAGUAUGACCUGCUAAUAGAGGAGGACCAGGAUGUUUCGAGCCAUUGGCACUCGGAGAAGAAGCACAAGGAAAAGAGGCACCAUCAUCAUUCUGGUGACGAGGAAAGGAAGUCCAAAAAGCACAAGGAGGGACCGUUACGAUCUUGACGAGGGUGGUGGUUGGGCUUUUUGGUGACAGUCCUCCCCACACUAAGCUUCUGUAAUGGACUGUAUUUAUAUUAUAUUUGAGAUGUUUCAGUAUCCUAGUUCAUUUUCUGUGAUUUGUCAGUAAGAAAAGUUUCUGUCCUGGUCAUAGCUCCGUUAUAAAAUCUUACCACACUCCUCCCUCUCUCCUCGCCAGCUGUUUAGAUGGGAUGGGAAUUAAUUCAGUCUGGUCUUCAAAAUGCGCCAACACAUUUAAUGGGACCAGCAGUGACAUGCACAAAAGUGAUUAAUGCAUUCACUUCCUCGAUGGUUAUCUUAAAGUCUUAUUUUCCUACCAUCUAGGUGUCAAAUAGUGUCCAUAGUUUGUAUUUAAUACUCUGCACACAGAAGCAGUUCAGCUUGGAACCUGCCGCUUUUGGAAGUGGGUAAUCAUUAGUUCCAGAAUGUUAUUAGGUUAAAUCGUUUAAAUGGUACAGUUUUUCUUUUGAUAAAUGUAUACAUAUUUUUAAACUACAGCUCUGCAACCAGGUUAAAAUUCAAAUCACUUUUGGCUCUGUUUUUUCUGUUUUUUCUGUUGAGCUUUUACACUGAUUAUUGGAACAAUUGGCUCCAUGUAAAUGUGAAUACUCACUUAGUUGUCAGUUUAUUAGGUACACCUAAAGCAGUUCAUUAUCUGCAUGCAUUAAUGAAGGCUAUAAUAUAUGAUUAUUAUGUGAAAAUAAAGAUAAUCAGUUUUUAUUGAAAUGGAUUCAGAAAGGUGUUGAUAAUCAUGGGUUGGAUUAAAGGAUACAAUUUGUGCAGCUGUUUGAACUAUGCAGGUGUCUAUUAUUUACUCUACCCUUAUCAAUAUGAAUGGGGUAAACUUUGUACCUCUAGGAAUUUUUUCUCAGCGGGGGCAGGCCUCCUGCUGUUGAAUUUAACAUGUUUUAAAUUAUCAGAAAAUACUAAGGUUAAAAAUAGCACGUCUGGUUUUGACCUUAUUAAUGAACAUGAAAAAUAAAUGUAGAGCAAACUCUGCUCAUUUGUCCAUCAGUCAGCUGCCUCUGUAAAAGAGGAGUGAGAGCUCUCCUUUACUAUAUUAACCCGAAACUGAUGUUGGGAUCCGAACACAGUGAACUUUAUGAAAUCACAGUUAAACUGUAUCAACAAGAUACAUUGUGGCGUAAAACUGGACAGGUCAGAAUCAUUUCUGGUCAGUGUUUAUUUAUUUCAGUUACUACCGAAACUAUCCUGUCUCAGUUGGUUCCAGAUUAUCAUAAGAUUUACUGGUCGCUUCACCCUCAACUACGCGCAGACCCGGAACAUAAAGCGCAGUGUUGAGCUUUCAGCUCCAGAACAGAGCAUCGGAACAGCAAAUAAAAGGUUAAUUAUAAUUAAUUUUGUCAUUGGGUAUUCUUGGGACAAGACUUGCCAUGCAUUUAUCAUUAAUUUGAUGCUGUGAUGCACCUGAAAGCCCUACGCCACAAAGUGUUUCCUCUCUUUUACCUUUAGCAGCAGAUACUGAAAGCUGUAUUUGCAGCUAAUGAUUUAGUAAGGGAGUCGGCAUGUAGAGUGGUAAAACACAUACAUUUCUGUUGAUUGCUCGCUGAAAUCUUACACCAAGGUCUUCAGUCUCUUCACUCUGAACUAGCCGAGUCAUGAACCUGUUAGUUACAUAUCAAAGGCAACGCCUAGGUAGGGGCCUUUUUUCCAUUUUUAGGGCUUUCCCAUUCUGUGAUGAAAUCGUUUACUCAAUAACCGAGCAAUGGAAUCAGGAAAUAAAUAAAAUAUAAAUAUAAUAAAGAAAACACUUACUCAUGAAUAAAUGAUUUUGAGUUUUGUUUUUCUAUAAAAUGACUUGACAUAAGAGCUUUUAUAGUAAAUGGUUACAAUUGAUGGAUAUUGUGACAGAAACAAAGUUAUUGACUCAUACAGAGACACACAGACAUGCUUCUUCCAAGCAGCUGGUUUACUGAUGUAUCUGGAUGAUUGCAGCACUUUCAGACUUGAAACAAAGAGCUGUUCUACAUACCCGGAUUCUGUGAACAGGUCCCUGCAUGCACACAGUACACAUGAGAACACAAAGACCUUGCUGUCUCCAAAGUUCAGACAGAGUAGUUGAUGGAAUGGCAAAAAAUUAACUGAACAUUUAUAGGUGUAAAAUUUAAUUGAAACCCUUCAUUUUGCACUUUCACAUUUUAUAAUUACGAACACAGUAGAGAUGAAGACAGGAAAUGAGAGAAAACGUUAUGACAAAUAACAAAGGGCCCUGCCUGGAAUCAAACCAUAGACAUGAUGAUCACAAUGUAUGGUGUGCAUCUAAAAUACAAAUUUAGAAAUUAAUUUUGAAUUUUAUUGUGAUUUUUGUAAAAUCAUGGUGUUCUCCAAGUUUUGUCAGGUCUUUAGCAUGAGAUGUUCUGAUAUCCUUGGACGUCAAAUAAGUAUAAUAACUUAAAACAAACUUACACUGAUGUUUUGGUUUAUAUCAAUGGACACAUUCCUGAGACACCAAUGUUAUAAUAACACGAAAAAUGCACCUGUAUAUCACCCCAUGAAAAGUAACAAAACAAAAGUGUCCUCGUGGAAAAGGCCACCAGGCUAUUUUGUCCAUGCUAUGGAUGUCAUGCUAUGUCUUGGUUUCACUUUCGUUGUGUUUUGCAAAUUUCCACAGCUGCAUUGAGAAAAAAUGUCACUGACUUUGGUCAAUGAACUCAUGGCUCUGGUUCAUUUGUGCGAGAGCCUGAAGAGGGUCAACGAAAAUUUUAAAUCUGUCAGAAAUGUAUCCGACUGUCCAUUCACUGAAUUCAUUGAAUGAAUGCUUAACUAGCAUAUUUGAUUAUUGUGCAAAGACAACCACAACAUAUGUUAUAUUGUCAUACAGGACAUGGCUGAUGCAAUCAUUUGCUUCAAGCUACAGAAAAAGGCUACAUCCACACUUAAACAUUGAAAACUCCACAUUUGUGUGGACGGAGUAGACGGUAAAUAUAGCACCAGUGAUGCAUUUUAAGACAAAAACAUAGUAGUGUGGAUGUAACCCAAAUUUUUGCAAGGCAUUAGGUGCAGUGCGGACUCUCAGGGCAUUUUCAUGAUUCUUGUUUGCUCUGGUCCAAAUAAGUUGCUGGUAGUGUUUUCACUUUGAUUCGGUUUCUUUUUACACUGAGAAAGAUCCAAGUGAGUUCGCAUCUAGUUUGUAUUAAUACAAAUCAUGAGAGAACAUUCACUCUGCUCCAGAUGUGUUUGGGGCAGAAGCAAAUACUGUAGAGAUGAUACUCUGCCCUACUUCAUUGGUUUCCGUUUAUCAAGCACAGACGCUUUAAUCGGCUUCAUUGUUUUAUACAACUAAUGUGCAAUCUAUAAAAUGUAUGUCCUAUUGUUUUGUGGUGGUGGUGGGAGGGUUAAUAGCUCUUUUCACUGACUAUUCACAGCUUAGCCCGCAGGUAAACGGACCGCGGUGAAGUUAGUUUUAAGUUGGAUAUUCAAUGGAUAUUCAUUCCGGUCCCAGCCGCCAUUGAAUAUCCAACUUAAAACUAACUUCAUGGCGGUGGUAACCAGACUGCACAAGGCUAGCAGGGCUUUUCAACUAUAUUGUUCAGGGGGACACAUUUUCAGAAAGCUCAGAUUGAAAUAUUUAUUUUCUACAAAGUAUAAAUUGAUUAGGUCAUCCACUGCAGACAUAGUACAUGACAUGCAGCAGUGUCUAAGGAGAUCCUGAAACUACAGUUCCCUGGAAAACAAAACAAUAUUUUUCCAACUUUGUUUCUCGUAAAUUUGCCACUUUAAUUUCAGAGAAUAUCCAAAAAAAAAAUUCUCGCAAAUUUACUACUGUAAUGUCAGAAAUUCUGUUUUUUUCUCAAAAUAUUACCCCCCUCCCCAGGCUCCAUAUUUUUUUUGUACAAUGGACCUAAUACACUGUAGUAGGUUUGAGUUAUGAGAAACUUUUUUGUAGUAUGAAUAUGUAUCUCAAUGUUAUGAUGGUAUUUUAAUUAUGAUGUCAUCUAAUUAUAUCAAAGGUUCUUAGCAUUAACCUAUCAGAAACACGAACACAUGAACAUGUAUCAGUGUGAUUAAAAAACGACUUUAAAUGACAGAAACCAACUUUAAAAAUAUAUAUAUAUUUAUUUAAUCUGUACUUUAACUUCAAAUUUUGGUGCAUACCCCAUCUGCUAACAUGGAUCAUGAUGAAUUGGCUUCAUGUUUAUGAGCUGCCAGGUCAUCCAUCUUUAUAUAUAGUCUUUGGAAAAUAUAAUAUACUUUAUUAAAGGUUUGACAUUUUAGUUAUAAUUUAAGAAAUGGUUUAUCUUUUUUUUUUUCUUUUUUUUUUUACAUAUAUAAGACUAUAUUAGACAUAUAAAGUAGAUGUUAAAAGAUAUGGCUGAAUUGGUUUCCUGUCAGUCCAUGUUAUUUAUAGUGUCUAUAAUGUUAACCCGAGUCAGCCCAGUACAUUAGCUCACCUAGCAUAGCACGUACAUGUCAAGGCUAAGUCCUGACCACACCACCCUCUCUCUUCUGCCUUUCCUGUUCCACUCUAUCUACAAACUAUCAGAAAAAACUUAAUGAUAAGAGCAGAAAUGUAAAGAAGUAGACAGUGUUUACUUACCCUUAAUAAAGGAGGUAAAGGAGAGUCUCUAUGUCACACGCUCCUGUCUUUUCUCACAUCCAGGACAGUGAAGAGAGCCAGCGAGACAGAAAAACGGGCCGCCAGCGUUCCCACUCCCGAGACAGGGACCACAAACACAGCAAGUCCCGGG